GUCCUGGAGCUGGGUUCUUCUGUUCUUGCAUCAUUUGACUGAAGAAGGACAUGGGGUUGAGGUUUGAGGACUGACAGAUUCUAAAUCCAGACUUCCUCGGCCCCUCAGAAAGACACCAGACCCCCACAUGGAACCAAAGGCCCCAUGCCCCGCUGCCAUACCCUCAGUGGAGAAAAAGUUCCAUGUUCUUGUGGGUGUCACUGGAAGCGUUGCUGCUCUGAAGCUGCCUCUUCUGGUAUCAAAGCUUUUGGACAUUCCUGGGCUGGAAGUCACAGUGGUAACAACGGAGAGAGCCAAACAUUUCUACAGCCCUCAGGAUGUCCCCGUCACCCUCUACAGUGACACUGAUGAAUGGGAGAUGUGGAAGUGCCGUUCUGACCCGGUUCUUCACAUAGAUCUGCGGAGGUGGGCUGACCUCAUGCUAGUGGCCCCCCUGGAUGCCAACACUCUGGGGAAGGUGGCCAGUGGCAUCUGUGACAAUUUACUUACAUGUGUCAUCCGGGCCUGGGACCUCAACAAGCCCCUCCUCUUCUGUCCUGCCAUGAACACUGCCAUGUGGGAGCACCCUCUCACUGCACAGCAGGUGGGCCAGCUCAAGGCCUUUGGCUACGUGGAGAUUCCCUGUGUGAGCAAGAAGCUAGUGUGUGGAGACCAAGGUCUAGGAGCCAUGGCUGAAGUGGAGACCAUUGUGGCUAAAGUGUGGGACAUGCUCUCCCAGCGCGGUGGCAGCCAGCAAAGUUGAACUGGGAUUUUGCCGUGAUGUCCCUGCACCCAGUAAGUUCAGUCUGCGCUGUUGAAGGAUAUCAGCACAGUAUGAAAAGCUUGUGCUUGCUGAGAAGGGGCUAGCCUGCACCUUCUUGGACCUUCCCUUCGGUCUAACCCUCUUCAAGCUACAUGGAACCACAGACCCAGGUCCUACGCGUCUGUAAUCCUAGCACUCAGAAGGCUGAGGCAGGAUUGCUACAAGUUUGAAGUUGGCUUGGGCUACAGAGUGAGCCAGGCCUGUGAGUGUGAAUGCCUAUUUCAAAACAAAAGCAGCAAGAAGAAACACCAUAUCUCAAGAUCUCCGGCACGGCAGGCCCUGGUCAGGCCCUGGAAGCUCCCAUUCUUUGGUGCCCAGGUGCCACACAGUCAAGAAGUCUGUGAGAUGGCCAGACUCUUCAGAUUUCCCACAGACUGUACUGAGAGUGGGGACACGAAUGGCUCUGGGAAAUAAAGAAAAGUGACCUUUUAGGA